AUGAAGGAAGAGCAAGUGACUUGCCAAAAAACUAGUCCAGAGGCUGAUACCGGAGUGAGGAACAAAACCUCUUUUUCUGGUUCGGUUGUGGUCCCGAAGAAGGAAAAAGAAGUAGAAGCAGAGAAAAUAAUUCAUCAAGAGAAAAGUGAACCCAGCCUGAUCUGCCCCCCACCACGCAGUAGAAGCUAUCUUCCUCCAGAGGAUAUACAGAGCUGCCUUGAGUCUCAUGUCAAGGAGAUUUUUGGACCCUCACUUCCUGAUAAUUGGCAGCAGACACCCCUCAAAGAAAACAGGUUAAAGUAUCGCCUCCUGGCUCAGCUGGCAGCAGAACUUAGUCAUGCUGUCCCCAAUUCACAGCUCCACCUGAUGCGCAGUGCUGAGGAUGUCUUGAAUUUCUAUAGCACUCCUGUGAAGGAUGUGUCCAAGUUUGAUGAACUGUGUGCUGCAGAGCUACCCCCAAACCUGAAGAUUACCUGGCAGCAGUGA